UGGCCACAGUACUCCCCAGUUUCCACCCUUUCAUCAGCCUCUUCCCAGCCAGCCACAGGCAAACAGCCUCCCCAGCAGAGGACGAACAGGAAGUCUGACAGCUUGAGUCUGCAGUGGGACCCCUAGUGCUUUCCCACUCCAGGUCCUGGCAGCGUUCCCCACAAGUACAAACACACGCACACAGAGCUCCCAUUGUUGCAGCCUUCCCCAGCCCACGGAUCCUAAUAUGGAAUGCAGCAGGAAACCCAUGAUUUCCUGACACUCGGCAGGCUGGAGGAAGCAAGGGGGAAACUCCAUUAAAAAGCCCAGCUCUCCUCCAUGUUAGCUGUGAAGUGGGAAAUGGGGAAGAUUCAGCAAAAUCCCGGGUCUGCAGCCAGGCUGGAGACGGGGAGAGCAGAGUGAAACCCGCGGGCUGUUGAAAUUUCCCGACUGCCAGGAAGCCCCUAGUCCUCAGUGAAAAUGAGUGUUUCUGGACUCAAAGUGCUAGGGAAACGGGACAGACCCCUUUCCUGAUUCUCCCGAGUGUGUGUCACCUUCCUUUACCAGCAUGGUAAGCCAGAGGGCAUGUGCCAGCUGCCUGCGACAAGUCUGUAGGAUCCCAGGUACCCAAAGUAAAGCAAAGUGAUCUCAAGCCUGGUGCUUCAUGGGCUGCGGGAGAAGCGGGAGAAGCCACAGCGGCGGCUCCGGGGCAGCAGCUGGAGCCGCGAGAAUGAACUGCAAGGAGAGUGACAGCAGCUGCGGCUGCGGGGGCAGCGAGGAGAAGAAGAUGCUGAAAUGCGUGGUGGUGGGGGACGGGGCGGUGGGGAAAACCUGCCUGCUGAUGAGCUACGCCAACGACGCCUUCCCGGAGGAGUACGUGCCCACCGUGUUCGACCACUAUGCAGUUACUGUGACCGUGGGAGACAAGCAACACUUGCUCGGACUAUAUGACACGGCAGGACAGGAGGACUACAACCAGCUGAGGCCUCUCUCCUACCCCAACACGGAUGUGUUUUUGAUCUGCUUCUCGGUCGUAAAUCCUGCCUCUUACCACAAUGUCCAGGAGGAAUGGGUCCCGGAGCUGAAGGACUGCAUGCCUCAUGUGCCUUACGUCCUCAUCGGGACCCAGAUUGAUCUCCGCGAUGACCCCAAAACCUUGGCCCGUUUGCUGUAUAUGAAAGAGAAACCUCUCACCUACGAGCACGGCGUGAAGCUUGCCAAGGCGAUCGGAGCACAGUGCUACCUGGAAUGCUCGGCCCUGACUCAGAAAGGUCUCAAGGCGGUGUUUGAUGAAGCCAUCUUCACCAUUUUCCACCCCAAGAAAAAGAAACGCUGCUCCGGGUGUCACCGCUGCUGCUCAAUUAUCUGAGGUGGAGUGAGACCCACCUCCACCCAACUUAAGGGCCAGAAGGGCAGCCAGCCUCUGCGACCAAGCUCAAGGCCCUGAGGAGGGCGGGACCCUGCACCCGCGGGCUUCUUCUGCGCCCUGAGCCUCCACGCACAGCCACUAGCCAGCCACUGCCACGCCCUCCCUGCAGCCACAGCAUCCGCCCUGCGCACCCUAGGGAAUGCGGAGCGGGGUCAGCCAAGUCAAAGACUGUCCUGCAUCUCCCCCUCCCGUGAACGUGCGGCUAAUGGGAAAUCGUUGGGGAAAACCAAAAGAGACGCUUGGUUCCUGUCCUGGUGGCCUUACUCAAUGUCUUUUACAAACCAUGGGAAUGCAGUACUAACCUCUUUUACUGAAUCGGCUAUUCUACCUGUGUGGCUUACAGUCACUGGUAUUAUUUUAAGAAAUUUACUAAUUUGCCAGUGUACCCGGGCCUUACAAAUCCAUACCAAAUUAGCCUAAAGACAAAGUAUUUUGUAUUCAUUUCUACCUUCAGCCUGUUUCUACCAAAGCUUUUAGAACCAACUUGGACCUCUGAAUGCCUGACUAUAAGAAGAUACAAGAAAACCUUUCUGAGUUAAGACUUUGGAAAUUUCAGGGCCAUGAUUUUGGAACCUGGUUGAAUGAAUUGUUGCUGGUUACAUUUUUGCCAAAGAUUCACCCUGGAAAUGCUUAUGUUGAUAGGUAGCCUUAUUUUUUCUGUAUUAUAUAUCAUCAUGGCAAAUUAGGAAUGAACUGUGUUUUUAAAAGUAGUAUUUUUGCUUUUCAAUCAAAUGAUUGGGGGGAGAAUAUGGCAGACUUAUAAUAUGAAAUAUUCUUUAUUCAGCAAAGUGGACUUUCCUGCUCCCUCCCUCCCCCAUUGCAUUCCCUUUACCUCCUUCGCCUUCACCCUUUCUCCCAUGCCCAAUUAACCUGGUCUAAACAAAGGGUCUGGCCAUGGGGCAUGAAAAAGUAAGCAUUUAAAAGUCCCCAAAAGUUAAACAAAAGGCCUUAAUUUUUCCUGUUGCUUCAACUGAAAGUGGCCCCCCCCCCCCCCGCCCCAUCUGUGGUUUCACUUUCUGCCAUUUCAGUUACCAUGGUUAAUUGCUAUCUAAAAAUAUUAAAUGGAAAAUUCCAGAAACAAACAAUUCAUAAGUUUAAAAUUUCAUGCUGUUUUGAGUAGUGUGAUAAAAUCACAAACCAUCCACUCCGUCCCACUCAGAACAUGGAUCAUCCCUUUGUCCAGCGUAUCCACUCAGUAUAUGCUACCUGCCCUUGGUCACUUAGUACCCAUCUCAGUUAUCAGAUCAACUGCCAUGAUAUAGCAGUGCUUGUGUUCAAGUAAUCCUUAUUUUACUUAAUAAUGGCCCCGACGCGCAAGAGUAGUGACGUUGGCGAUUUGGAUAUGCCAAAGAGAAGCUGUAAAGUGCUUCCUUUAAGUGAAAAGAUAUGUGUGUAUAGGAAAAAAAACACAUAACGUAUAUAUAUAGGAUUUGGUUUCAGGCAUCCACUCGGGUUCUUGAAAUGUGUACCCCACAGAUAAGGGGGGACAACUGAACUUCUCAGCUUGCCCCCAUGUAAGCCCCCAUUCUAUUUAAAUGUCAUUUUCCAAGUAUAACUGAUACUAAAACAUUGCCUCUCCCUCUUUCCCACACUCAUUGUCCCAAAUGUAUAUUUAGGGGCUAGAUCUGUGAGGACCAAACUCUGCUUUUCAAAAUAAUGUGUUCAUAGAACGGGGACUUUGGCCUUAGGGAAGUAAAAACCUCCGAAAAGGAUUGGUGUCCUUUCUGUAUGACUCUCCCAAACAUCCAGGGAUCUUUUAUCACAGAGUUCCUUACGUCCUAGCUUUUAAUUACAGACUGCAGAGGCUUCUAAUUACUCUCAUUUGCCUACAAUUACCCUAGAAACAUCCAGGUAGGCACUUCAUUUUUUAUUUCAAUUGCAUAAGCAAAGUACCUCUUUGCAGCAUGAAAUUACACCAAUUUUAGUUUAAGAAUUUCCAGAUUCACACUCCUUCCGUUAGGAAAAUCCAGUCUUUCUAGCCCCUGCAGGAAGCACAUAAACACAGGAGCUUAUGGUGUGGGUCUUCUCUGUUAAGGCCUUCCAUGACAACCCCUCAGUGUUUUGGAUUUUGUGUGUUUUUUUACAAUUUCUGAAAUGUGUUUUCCCUUGUUCCACAUUUCAAAUUCUAUAUCCCUUCUCCCCCAUCUAGUUGCUCAACAUUCUCUUAAAUGCACACACACACCAACCUAAAAGAAAACGAAAGUUUUGUAAGUCAAAGCUUGACAAGAAAACAAGGACUUUCUACCUUUGUAAGAAAUCAACCAUGUAUAAACUUAACUCUGCUGAGGUUAUAAAUUCAUUCUUUACAAUAAU